UGAAUAUGGCUCCAUUAAAACCCUAGCUCGACCCAACUAAGGACGUGUUUGGAAAUUGGAUCAACCAAUCCUUGACAUUAGCCUAUUAGGGUUUUGGUUAAAAACCUUGAAGGAAAACCAGACACAGAGAGAGAUGCAAUAGCAUUUGACAAUGGAAAAGAAUCAAAUCUCCCAACACAGUAGUUGGAACGGACGAUAAUGGUGGUGUUAGAGGGAGUAGAAAGAAAUGGCUAAAUCAACGGCAAAGCUCUUCUUGCUUUCCUCAUUCUUCACCACCACCACUACAAGAACUCUCUCUUGCACUUGUAGCAUAACCACCGGUGCUUCAAAGAGUAGUAACAAAAAGAGGAAGCAAAAGGAGGCGAAACUGGUGGUGGUGAAGGAGAAGAGAAGGACGCGCUCGGACAAAGCUUUGGGCGACGACGCAGCCCACCUCUACGCCGACACCGGCGCCGCGCACAUCCCUGUGAUGCUCGGUGAAGUGCUCGACGUCUUCUCUUCGUUUUCUUCUUCUUCUUCGAAGCCCCUCCACUCUUUCGUCGAUUGCACCGUCGGAGCCGCCGGACACUCCUCCGCUAUAAUUCAAGCCCAUCCAGAAUUGAAAUAUUAUAUUGGCAUGGAUGUUGAUCCUGUGGCACAUGAGAAAGCUAGAGCUCGAAUUGAUGGCAUCUUGCAUGGUGAUUCUUCUCACCCAACUUCAGACCUGAAAGCACAUACCAUUCUGAAGAAUUUUAGGUAUAUAAAAUCUGUGCUUAGUGGGGUUGAUGAGAAAAUCUUAGACACUGGAGUUGAUGGCAUCUUAAUGGAUUUGGGAAUGUCAUCCAUGCAGGUGAACAAUCCUGAAAGAGGGUUCAGUGUGACCGGUGAUGGACCACUCGAUAUGCGAAUGGAUCCCCAGGCAAGUUUGAAUGCUGAAGACAUUCUAAAUUCUUGGCCAGAUACUGAACUGGGGCGAAUCUUGCGGGAAUAUGGGGAAGAAAGCAAUUGGCGCUCUCUUCAGGAUAAAAUUGUUAAAGCUCGAUUACAAGGUGGGUUGCAUUCAACUGGCCAACUAGUAGAUCUUAUUCAGAAUGCAACUCCUUGGAGAAGAGGAGGGAGGCAAGGUUGGAUAAAGACGGCAACCAGAGUGUUUCAAGCUCUGAGGAUUGCCGUUAACGAUGAACUGAAGACAUUGGAGGAUUCCCUCUAUUCUUGUUUUGAUUGCCUUGCACCCGGGGGUAGGCUUGCUGUCAUCUCUUUCCACAGCUUGGAGGACAGAAUUGUAAAACAAACAUUCCUUGAUAUCAUCAACAGCAGUGAGGGUGAUGGGGAUGAAGAAGAGAGGCAUAGAAGUGAAUUGAGAAAGAUCAGAAAUGACAAUGAUGAAAAAGAAGCUUGGAUUAGACAAAUGAUACAGGGCUGUGGUGGAACAAUCCUCACAAAGAGACCAAUAACACCAUCCGAGGAGGAAGAGAGAUUGAACCGCCGGUGUAGGAGUGCUAAGCUCAGGGUGAUUCAGAAAGGUUGAAAGAUAAAUGAGUCUUGAUUAGAACCUCCCAGUUCCCCAAGCAGAAAUUUUUUUUGUAAAUCAUGAUAAAUCUGUAUCACUUAUGUUCUACUCAUUGUUGAUUCAUCAUUAUCAAGUUGAAAUUUUAGAUGUAAUAACAAGUGUUGGUUUUGUGGAU